AUGGCUUCUGAGGAUUUUGAGACUGUUUAUGCUGUUCCAUUGUACUGCGACAGGUGCUGUGUAUCUGUGAAGAAUGAAUUGACUGUCUUGGCCGGGGUCUCAGAGGUUACAACUGAUAUUUCCAAUCAACUAGUGUCGGUGGUGGGCUCCGAAGCUCCUUCCAGUAUCAUCAAGGCCAUUCAAAAGCUAGGAAAAGACGCCAUUAUUCGAGGAACAGGAAAACCCAACUCUGCUGCUGUUUGUAUUUUAGAAUCGUUCAUCAAGAACAAUGACCAGAUUGUAAUUUCUCAUGAGCAUGAGCUUGACGAUAAAGACUCGAUCAAAGGACUAAUCAGAAUGGUAGCCACCUCUAGUGAUUCUGUGUUAUUGGAUGUUUCUUUGAGCAGACUCCCUAGGGGAACGUACUACUCCAGCAUCAGAGCCACUGGCAACAUAUCCAACGGUCCACUAUCAACAGGUGCAAUAUACAAGAGGUUGCCAUCGAUCUCAAUCAAAAACGACUUUGAAGAGUUCCAGGACUACUUCAAAAUACAUGGUGUGGGCAUCAUGGACUUGAUUGGCAGAAGCAUCUUGAUCACAGACAAAGAUACCAACGACUCCUCCAAGGUCGACCUUUCCAAUAAGACUAUCUACGGUGUCAUUGCCAGAAGCGCAGGUGUUUGGGAAAACAAUAAACAGGUCUGCAACUGCACUGGAAAGACUGUCUGGCAGGAAAGGAAGGAUGCUAUUCACAAAGGCCUCAAGAUCUAG